GGCGGCCGCGUGAUGGCGGGGAGGCGGGGGCGGAGGGAGGCCACGGCCGGCGCCGCUCUGGGGCCGCGGAGGCCCCCGGCGCCUCCGCCCCGCGGCCGGCCCGGGGGGGCAGGAGCCCCUCAGGGAGCGGCCCCGGUGCGCUGCGCUCGGCCAUUUCCUCGUGUGCCCCCUUCCUCCUCCUCCUCCUCCUCCUCCUCCUCCUCCUGCCGCCGGCGGGAGGAACAAGCCCCCUGGCGCGGGCCCGCGGGCGCUGUGCCGUGGGGCCCCCUCAAGUUCCUCCCCGAGCUCAGACCUGCUCUUUAUGUCUUUCUCUUCACCGACCAGGUACCUCGGGACAGCUGCGUUGCCCUCACCACAGCCCGCUGCACCCACGCCGCUGCCAGCCCGACCGGCAAGGAGCACGGCCGCCCGCGCCCCGCGGACCAGCGCACGGCCCACCAGCGCUCGGCUGCACUGGCCCGGGUCACCUUGAGGGGCGGCCCUCCGUCCUGCCCUCCGUCCUGCCUGCCGUGGCCCUCCGCCUCUACCGCGACCCGCAGCCCUGGAGUUCAAGUAUCUCAACACCUGCCAGGAAACUGGGGACUUUUCACUCUGUAGUAACCGAUAAACAAGUGUGAAGCAUGAGGAUGAACUCUGCUAUUCAGGCUGCUAUUGACCUCACAGCAGGAGCUGCAGGUGGGACUGCAUGCGUGGUGACUGGCCAGCCCUUUGACACAGCAAAGGUGAAGAUGCAGACGUUCCCUGACAUGUAUAAAGGAAUUGUUGACUGUUUUGUGAAGACCUAUAAACAAGUGGGGUUUCGAGGCUUCUACAAAGGGACCACACCAGCACUUGUAGCCAACAUUGCAGAGAACUCCGUUCUGUUCAUGUGCUAUGGAUUUUGCCAGCAAAUUGUGAGGAAAAUUGUUGGAGUAGACAGGAAAACAAAGCUCAGUGAUCUGCAGAACGCUGCUGCAGGCUCCUUCGCCUCUGCCUUUGCCACCCUUGUCCUCUGCCCCACAGAGCUGGUGAAGUGCCGUCUGCAGACCAUGCAUGAAAUGCAGUUGUCAGGAAAGAUAAUGCAAGGACACAAUACAGUUUGGUCAGUAGUGAAGGGUGUUCUUCAGAAGGAUGGUCCCCUUGGAUUUUACCGUGGCCUGUCGAGCACUUUGCUGCGGGAAGUCCCAGGAUAUUUCUUUUUCUUUGGAGGGUAUGAACUGAGCCGGACAUUCUUUGCCUCUGGGAGAUCAAAAGAUGAAUUAGGUCCCAUUCCUUUGCUGCUCAGUGGAGGUUUUGGAGGCAGCUGCUUGUGGAUUGCUGUGUAUCCUGUGGACUGUGUCAAAUCCAGAAUUCAGGUUCUUUCAAUGGCUGGAAAACAGACAGGUUUUAUGGGAACAUUUGCAAAUAUUGUCAAAAAUGAAGGUGUAUUUGCCUUGUAUUCUGGACUAAAGCCAACAAUGAUCCGUGCAUUCCUGGCCAACGGGGCAUUGUUCCUCGCCUACGAGUACAGCCGGAAACUCAUGAUGAACCAGAUAGAUUCUUACUGAUACCUUCCAGCAAAUAGAUAACAACCUUUUAAAAUGAGCAAAAACCUGUAGGUCACAGCAGGGUCUGAAUAGGGCCAAAUUGGUGACCUUAUUUUAAGGAACUCAGCUCCAAUUUAAGAUUUAUAACACUUUAAAUUCAAGUGAUUUUUUUUUCGAGACAUGAUGUGUACAUGUUUGUUGAGUCAGACUUGCAGAACUAUCUCCUUCCUGCACAUACUGCACUAUGUAUGUUGCAUGUCAUAAAGGUCUUUCCCACCUGGAAUGGUGUUCAGAAGACUUAACUAUGACCUGUUGGGCUUAAUGUAACAUGCAGUGAUAGACAUAGAUCUAUGGAUCAUGGAUUCAUUUAAGACAAAGCACUGUUUUAAAAAUUAUGCUGGGGUGGUUAAGUCCUCCAGUUGUAGCUGGCAAGCAUCUGUGACUCAAUAACUGCAGUCUUAUACUCAGCAAGGCUAGAUGACUUUGUCUAACCUUCAGCUAGACCUUCUCUGUGGCUCCCUUCUGCUCUGUAACUUUCCAAGGCCAAUGCAGUCAGCUUAUGACUCACAUACUCUGUCCCAGUGAAUGGGCUUGUAAAAGCAGGAAGUGUCCACUUCCCCCCCACCAUAUACACACAUUUAUACUCAUACAGGAUACAUGCAGCAUUUGUUAUAAGUGUUAUAGUUCUCUAGAUUCUUCUAAAGAGUGCUGGAACAUACUAAAUAUCAAUGAGUUAAACACUUGUAGAAAGGGGUACUGCUGGAAAUAGCUCUUGGCUCAAAGCAUGAAGUUGUAACCUUGUGCUGACUCCUAGUUAGGCCAUGUUGACCUGGACCAGUCCAUCUACUUGAAGGACAGGAAGCUGAAGAGGAAAAGAAAGGCAACACUGUGUUCUUAAAGAUGACUGAUCUUACAGUCUCUUAGGCUGGAUUAAUGCUGCAUGUGCCACUUGCUGUAUGUCUUCAGCUGAGUGGAGAAAGCUCAUAUGACUGGACCUUCAGGCCUGGAGGGUGUCUGCUUGUUCAUGUUACUUGAUUAAACAUGCAGCCCAAGGCCAGUUGGUCAACAUUGUCUAUAAUGAUAUAGUAGCACUUAUUUCUAGAUGCCACUUUCACUCUGCAGUAGGAUAUUUGGUAUAGAAGCAGGCUUUACCUUGUAUGAAGUGGCUGCUGUUUAUCCUGGAAAAGACCUGAUUUCAAAGUAGAUCUCAAAGUAGCAUGGCUCAUACAUCAUGCAUGGAACUGUAGAGAAGGAUGUUGACUGUGUGCUUAUAACAGCUAACUUAGGGUCCCAUGCUCUGUGCUUGGCAGAGCUCUUUGCCCACCAAGAUCAUCUGAGCUACAAUAGUUCUAAAGAAAUGAGUUUCUUCCCCACCCUAAAGAUUAGGUCACUAUCAUUGGAAAUACUAGCUAACACAGUUGUAGCCUAUAAAACUGAGCUGUUACAUUUCAUACCCCAGAAAGAAGAAAAAGUCUUUAGGCACAGAUGACAGAACAUCUCAGUACCUACUGGGGAACUGUAGUUCACUUAAAUUGGCUAUUCCACAGCAUUGCUCUAGCCUCCUAGUGAAAAGCAGUCUCUGCAGUUCUACAAACCCUUCUUCACAUGCAACAAGAACCAAUCAUUUCACUUUGAACACCCAUGAAAAAAAAGACAGUUGCAAGCAGCCUACAGCUGAGGACUCUUCAGUGACUAUUGCAACAUUACCUUGCUUGACUGCUGCACUAGGGGCAGUGCAUACAUAGAUGCUGUGCAUAGCCAGUACUUUAAGGAAUUUAUGCCAAAUGUUUGAACAAUUCAGCUAUGAAGGUGGGGCUUUCCAGAGGCAUUAGAAUUCAAGCUUAUCUAGCACAAGAUAAAAGGUAUAUUUGUGUUUGUAAUAGUUAUGGAAAGGUAAAAACUGAAUCCACACUAGUGGAAUACUCCAAUCUAUUUCUUAGAUUUGUCUUUGCUUUCAUUUUUUAAAGCUGACAGUUGGAAUUUUUAAUACAAAAGUUGAGGCUUCAAGAGAAGCAGGAUUUUUUAGAACUGAACUUACAGGCUGAAGUGGACAUGCAUUUUGAGAGUUUACCUUUUGAAGUUGAACUAAGCAGUAAUGUUUAAGUAUCACAACUGCCUAGGCUGUACACCUGUGUCAACUGUUGAGUGUUCAGCUCCCUGAAAACUUCAUAAUGUUGGGAUAAAAACUCAUGGGAAUAAAGUUUGAUUUGACUAA